AUGGAUUCAUAUCGGCGAAGGUCUCCCUCUUCCCAGGGCCGUCGUCGCUCGUCUAUACGUGGUCGAUCUCGAUCUCCUGUCGCAAUUGACCGUUACCAACCUGGCGAUCGAGAACGUGCAUCUCGCGGAGAUGACUAUUAUGCCGCUUCUCGAGACCUUGCAGCCCGUGAUCGAGAAGAGCGCCGUCGGUUGCCCUCCCCCGUAGCAGCAAAUAUCGACCGUUAUGUUCCCGGACAGGAUUCUACUAAGCCCAUUUUACGGACCAACCCUCUGCCAAACCCUUUAUCUCUCGACUUCCAAGUAGGAUUCAACUGGUUUGCAGAAUGGUGGAGGGCAGAUCAGGCAAUUAAAGAAGAAAAAGAGCGGGCUAAACUCGGCGGAAGGCGACCAAGUGAUCGAGUUAAAGGUGAACGAGAGGCCCGAGAAGAUCGCGAAAAGGAACGCGCGCAGAUCCAAGCCGCCUACGACACCUACAAAGCUGAACUGCAAAUCAAGAUGGCGAGAGCUUUUGUCCAGCAACACAAAGCGGAGGAGUGGUUCAAAGAGAGAUAUAUUCCCGAAACUAGGGACCCUAUUCGCCAGCGGCUUAUGGAGUUCAGAACCAAUGCGUAUCGGCAGUGGGAGCAAGAUAUUGACUCUGGAGUAUUUGAUGAGUUUACCCUAGAAGGCAUUUACAAAAGCGAAAGUGACGGAGCAGGUGGCAUCAUUGAGAAGGAAGAAGGGGAAGCGACAGCCGUGGGGGAAACCCUUAGUGUUCUCGAUCUGGUCCCCGCACGCGGAGGCGAUUUGCGCGACGAUUCGCUACUGCAACCUGCUCUCUUGAUCAAAACUUUGGCGCCCAAUGUCAGUCGCGACAAGAUCGAAGAUUUCUGCAAGGAGCAUCUUGGUGAGGGAGAUGGCGGAUUCAAAUGGCUUAGUUUGAGUGAUCCUAAUCCUACCAAAAAAUGUCACCGGAUGGGUUGGAUUAUGCUUCAUCCAUCAGAAGCGGGCUCAUGGGCAAUUGAGAGAAGCGAUGGCAGGGAUGAAGAAGGCGAGGAAGGAGAUGGUGGCGCAACAAAUGGAUCUGCCUCCACUUCUACAGCCGAAAAGGCGCUGGAGGCGGUCAAUGGCAAAACCAUCCAUGAUCUUGAUCGCGGCGACUUUGUAUGCCACGUUGGCGUCCAUAUCCCACCGACGAACCCGAGGAAAAAGGCCCUUUGGGAUCUGUUCUCGGCCCCUGAACGUAUCGAGCGAGAUCUCGAGUUAGCCAAACGGCUGGUAUCGAAACUUGACUCAGAACUUGGAUUAGGUGACGGCCUGUCGAAGAUCGAGAGUCGAGUCGAAGACCUACAGGGAAGAGGUUUACUCCACCCUCCUGUUACAGGCUCUUCGAAAGAAAAGGAAAGCAAGCCGUUCGAAACCGAUGUGGAUAUGAUCCUCUCAGAAGAUGGGGAAGCCGAGGAAGGAGAAGAGCAGGAAGAGUCGUACGACGAGGAAGUCGACAGCGAGGAGCUCCUUGUUAAGAAGAAGCAGCUGGAUCUGCUAGUUGAAUAUCUGCGUCGUGUUUAUAACUUCUGUUUUUUCUGUGUCUUCGAGAGUGAUUCGAUUCAUGAGCUUGUUCGCAAAUGUCCGGGUGGACAUCUUCGCCGCCCUCGUUCUGGGCUAAGUACUCAAGCAAAAGCCGCAGCAAAAGCUAGCGCUCUCGGCCUACCGUUUCCUACAAAGAAAAAGGAAACUACAGAGGAGGACCAAAACGGAGCGUCGCCACUGGAUGAGAAAGAGCAAAAGCAGCCACACUUUUCGUCAAAGGCUGAACAGCAGACUCACCGUGCUUUCAACUGGGUGCGGACGUUUGAAGACAAGCUUCUUCAAUUAUUGGAGCCCGAGAAUGUGGACCUGAGAAAACUUGGUGGAAAACCCGUGGACGAGGCGGUGGAGGAAGAGCUUUCGAAAUUUGUUAAGCAAGAAGACGAAGCUAAAUUCCGCUGCAAAGUGCCAGAGUGCACCAAAUUAUUCAAAGCACACCACUUCUGGCGGAAGCAUGUGGAAAAACGCCACCCGGAUUGGUACAGCGAUAUCCGCAGAGAUUUGUUCCUGGUCAAUGCCUAUGUCCUUGAUCCGGCACAUAUCUCCCCAUCUAGAUCUGAUCCGACUAGCAACGGCCAUUUCCCAUAUUCAUCCGGCCAUAUGCCCACCGGAACACCUCGCGGAUUCAACCUUGCGAACAUGCCUUUCAGCUUCGGGGCAGGUAAUGGAUCAAUGCCUGGUGGAUCCCCUUUCUCAGGUCUAUCAUCCGCCGCAGGAUUUACCGGAUUCAUGAAUGCAGCUGGCCACCCUGGUGGCUGGGCUGGUAGUGGACUCCCUUUGACAGGUGCCGCUGGCUCCGGGGACCCGUCUGCUCUGCAUCACCCCGGAGUUAUUCGACGUGGGAACCGAUAUGGUGGAAAUAGGACGGGGCCGUAUGACCGGCGAGGAGGUCGUUUUGGUUCCGGUGGGGCCGGAGGAAGCGUGGGCGGCAACGGUCGACUCAGCCCCGGCCGAAUGGCCGGCAUGUCUGCGGCUGGUGGUCGCCUGCCUUCAGGCGCUGGCGCAGCAUACAUUCCACUUGGUCACCCUGCCGCAGCCGCUGCGAGCGCUGGUGUUGGCCCUCGGUGGGGCGAUAGUUCAGGCGGGAGCGCACAGGCCAUGGGCCCAACAGAAGCAGUUCAAGGCCGCAGCUUGAAAAGCUAUGAGGACCUCGAUGCGGUCGGGGGGCCCGGAAGUGGGGAGUUGAAUUAUUAA